AUGGAUGCCGUGGAUGACAAGUCUCACAGAGCAGGUUCUCCACCCCCCCCAAAUGGUCAGUGGGCAGACACCCCUCCUCGUCUCCACCUGGAGAUGAAGCAUGCAAGCGUUCAAGGUCCUUCUCGACCAGACCCAUGCCAAACUUCAGCUCAUCCACACCUAACAACUCCCAACUUCACAGACGACACAAAGCUCCACCUAGACAUCAAUCCCUUCUACCUUUCCCUGCAAGUAAACAUUACUCCUGCACAAGGCGAGAUCAGCGUCGGGGAAUCCAAGUUCUUUUUGUGUGAAGUUGUUGGUGGAGCAAAAGAAAUUGACUGGUUCACUCCGACUGGAGAAAAGAUUGAACCCAACAGACCGGAUAUCACCGUUGUUCGCCUUGUGGAGACAUCCUCCACGCUUACCAUCUACAACGCUAACAUCAAUAAUGCUGGAACGUAUAAGUGUGUGGCCAGCAGCGGUGACGAAGAGGCUGAGGCUACGGUCAGCGUGAAAAUAUACCAAAAGAUAACAUUCAAAAAUGCACCAACGCCACAAGAAUUUAACGAAGGAGGAAAUGCUAACAUCAUAUGUGAUGUCGUCAGCUUACCUCCACCUACUGUCAUCUGGAAGUACAAAAAUGCCAGGAUUCAGUUGGAAAAAGAUGUUCGUUUCAGGAUCCUGAGCAACAACCACUUGCAGAUCCGAGGUAUCAGAAAGACUGACGAAGGCCUUUACACAUGUGAGGGUCGCAUCAUGACAAGGGGCGAGAUUGAUUUCCGAGUCAUCAACGUUGUUGUGAACGUGCUUCCUACCAUCAGAAUCCCUCAGGCGGAGGUGAAUGCCACUGCCGACAUGGGGAAUUCAGCAGUGCUGGCUUGUGAUGCAGAUGGUUUUCCUGAACCAACUGUGACCUGGAAACGGAAUAACGUUCCCCUGAAAAAGGGAGAUAAGUAUAGCUUCAAUGAAGACGGCUCAGAAAUGACUAUAAUGGAUGUGAAGAAAUUGGAUGAGGGAGAUUACACCUGUAUCGCGGAGAAUAAAGCGGGACAAAGGGAAGAAGAGCUUAGUCUCAAAGUGUUUGUGCGGCCGCAAAUCACGUUUUUAGAGAACGCCAGCACGACUGAGAUGGAGGAGCAGAUUAGGUUAACCUGUGAAGCUACCGGUGACCCUACGCCCAGCAUCACUUGGAGUUUUGGGACCCGGACAUUCACUGAAGGAGAACAGGAGCAUCUAAAGAGGAUUUAUCAGGCCUCUUGGACUCGGCCCGAACAGCACAAGAGUCAAGACGGCAAUGUGCUGGUGCGAAGCGAUGCUCGUGUGUCCUCCCUCACGCUGAAGAUGGCCCAGUACACUGACGCUGGCCAGUAUCUCUGCGCUGCCCGCAACGCCAUCGGAGAAACCUCUCAGCACAUGUACCUGGAAGUCCUCUAUGCCCCUAAAAUUCAAGGCCCCGUGACAGUCUACACAUGGGAGGGCAAUGCAGCUAACCUUAGCUGUGAAGUUCUGGCUCACCCCAGUGACGUUUCCAUUUUUUGGCUGCGGGACGGGAUCCAGCUACCCAGCGCUAACACAACCAACAUCAAGAUCUUCAAUACACCCUCUGCUAGUUACCUUCAGAUAAACCCGGAAUCCCAAAAUGACUUUGGGAGUUACAACUGCACUGCCUCUAAUGAGAUUGGGACGGAGUCCAAGGAGUUCCUCCUCAUUCAGGCUGAUGUGCCUUCAGCGCCGUCCAUAAUUCAGGUAGAACCGUACUCCAGUACUGCACAAGUGUCGUAUGAGGAGCCUGAAGCCUCUGGGGGGGUCCCUGUUCUCAGAUACCGAGCUGAGUGGAGAACUGUGGGGCGAGGCAACUGGAUGCAACGAAUUUAUGAAGUCAGAGAGGAGGGAGUGAAUGCGAUCACCAUCUCUGGACUAAAACCCGAAACUGAUUAUGAAGUUAAGAUGUACGCCAUCAACGGCAAAGGCGAAGGGGAGGGAAGCCUUCCAGCUGUCUUCAAAACGCGACCCGUCCGUUAUUCAUAUGAAAAUGGCAUUUUUCAUUUUUUCACGGUGGAAACAGAAGGGGAGCCUAAUGCCCCUAAACUGGAGGGAGCUCUGCAGUCUGAAGGAAAUGCGUUCAAAGUCAACUGGAUCAGGCAGGAUGAUGGAGGAUCCCCCAUCACACACUAUUUGGUCCGGUACAAAGCUAAGAAAGCAAUGGACUGGAAGCCAGAGAUCCGUUUGCCAAGCGCGAGUGACUAUGUGCAGCUUCAUGGCCUGGACUGGGACACUGAGUAUGAAGUCUAUGUGGUGGCAGAGAACCAGCAGGGCAAGUCCCAGCCAGGAACCCUCACUUUCAGAACCUCCUCAGAGCCUGCAGUGACCCCAGGUACUGUUGGAGAAGGCACAGGCCUCAACACAGGGUUCAUUGUGGGCAUACUCAUCGUUGUGUUUGUCCUGCUUCUGGUUGCCGUGGACGUUACCUGUUACUUCCUCAACAAGUGCGGCUUGCUCAUGUGCAUCGCUGUCAAUAUCUGUGGCAAAGCAGGGCCAGGCAGCAAAGGCAAAGACAUAGAGGCAGGCAAGGCUGCCUACCUCAAGGGCGAGUCUAAAGAUCCUAUUGUGGAGAUGAAGACAGAUGAGGAGCACACAGCCAAUCACGAUGGAGUGGGGCAUCCGGAGCCUAACGAGACCACACCCCUAACUGAGCCGGAGCAAGCAGCUGAUGCUGCCACCACAGUAGUGGACUUACCUCUUUCUGUGGCCACUAACUCUGACCCUGUCACCGAGACCUUUGAGAUUAGCCAGAGCAGUCCCGCUAGUGAGACAACCACCCUCACCUCCAGCAUCACAGCACCCGCUCCUGACACCAGACCCGUCUCUGUCCCCGACUCCAGCACCCCCAAACCCAGCUCCCAACCCCCGGAUUCCUCCUCCCAACCCUCGUCUGACCUUAUGCCCAAAGAGGCUCCUCUAGUGGAUCUGAGCGAUUCCGUACCAGCAGAAGCAAAGGUGACGGUAGUUAAUCCAUCAGAAACGCAAAGCAAACCUGAAGCAGUCGCUCCCGCGGCCUCAGCCCCUUCCUCUGCCGCCCCUAUAGCAGACCUGUUACAAGACAAGCAGAUCCCCGCCCCUGCGAAGGCGGAAGCGUCUGCCGCCUCUGUGCAGAGCCCUGCCCAACCUGUAACAGAACCCACACCCCCAAAAAGUAACACUCCCACCCCUUCAGUGAAUCACAAGCCUCAGAUAGAUGCAGAAACCCCCCAGGCUUCAGACACAGAUCUCUCCAAGGAUGUGUCAGAAGCCGUGGGCACCGCUGCCUCCAGUGGCCCAUCCGCUGCAGCGCAGAACGAGAAGACUGCAGCUGAAGAGAAGAGUAAAUCUGGAGAUGCAGAGUUAAAGAAAGUCCAGAGUGAGGCGGCACCAAAUGAAGUCGUCCAGACAAAUUCUACCGAGAGCAAGGCAUGAACUGUAAAAUGCAGUGGGGGAAAAAAAAAAAAAAAAGUAAAAUAAUGGCAGCAUCAGAAUAUCAUGGAGAUUCUUUUUUCCAGUGCCCUUAAUACAUCUUCAAAAAAAAGAAG